AUGUCGAGCCCUCCUGAUUCACCGCGCGAUGCAUGCCCCUCCAUCUUUGACGACUUGCCCCCCAACCCUCGUAUCUUACCCCUUCCACCGGGGACCUACACGCUCCUGCCUGUCGUUGAAAAAUGCGACAACUUUGAACUGCCCCGUGGUCCUUGGAAGGCGAGUGAUUGUAGGAGGAGGAGGGAGGCGCAUUCGCAAGCUUUUGCGCCAAAGUCGGUGACGAAGAGGGCCGAGUCUCACAACGAGGUCGAUUCGAGUGCGUUGGAUGAUGAUGACGAGGACGAUGACGAGUUCGAUUACGAUCAGGUCAAUGAAGGCACGGACAGCUCGACGGCUGAGUUUGACCAAGAAUUCCUGUGCCCUUUCUUCGUCGAGCUCCCUCGCACCUCGGGUACCCCGACCCCCGUCGUCGCUUCCGCCCCUGCUUCAAGGCGUGGGUCAGCGUCGACGACGUCGUCAAACCAUGGUCGUCCUUCUUUCACUCGUUUGACCCCGAUGCCGACCCUUCGUUCGAGUUCACCUACGUCUUCGCCCGCGCCGAUGCGCUCGCCUUCGUUUUCGGACUCGGGCAAAGUCAAGAAGACGCCCGAGCAACCGAUCGGUUUCCUACGUCCAUCAAUCGUCCAAGCUAUGAUCGAGGAUAAUCGCAAGCUCGUGAGCAUCAACAUUCGUCCCGUUUGGUCCUUCCUCCCGCCUGUUAGGUUCCCUCGACCCAUUCAAUCGAGGAGGAGGUCCUCGACGGCCGGGACGCCGAGGUCCGGUGGUAAUUCGAGAAGGAACAGUCAUUUGGUGUUGAGUAUGGGACCGAAUGCGGGUGGUAGUACAGCGGGUUCGGGAACGAAUACGCCCGGUGGGGUGGGAGGAUCUUUACCUUCGGAUGCGACGAGUCCGACUUCGAAUGGGGGAGUGGGCGCGUUGAAGGACGUCAUUGAGGGCUUGCGCAACAUCGCUGCGACGGGACAUGAUGGCUCGAACGGGAAUGGCUUUGGGAAUUACCUCGAUCCCGACGAGGCGGCGGAUAAGGUGUAUGCCGUCGGUUUCGAGGAUUGGGUCAAUGACGGUGGCCCGCAGUUGAGGGGCGAGCAUAUCGAUCGUUUGGUCAGGAACUGGAAGGGAGCCGGCAAGUUUGAGGAAUGCUUGGGUGGUGAGUUGUAUCAAAGAUCACAGUCCCGACAAGAGCUUUGGAUACUGUUACUGAAGAUUGAAACGCUUUCUGACCAGGCUGGAGGAACGAGCUCUACACCGUCUACGGCCCCAAGUCGCACGGCGCGGACGAGAACCCCCUUCCGGGCAGCAACGUCGCCUUUACGAUGGAACGUGCCGCAUGUGCCCUGUUUGGCCUGACGACCUUUGGUGUGCACUGCACUGGUGAGCACCGACAAAGCGGUAUCGUGAUUGUAUUGUGAUCGGGAGCUGAUUCCGGGAAUGCUUGCGGGUUCACAGCUUAUGUCGAGGAGGAAGGCGAGCCGGUCAAGUUGUGGGUCCCUCGUCGAGCGGCGACGAAGCAGACGUGAGUCAUUUCUGUCUUUAGGACUUUAGUGCGUUUUAUGAAGUCCUCUUCCCGACUCUUCUGUUCGUCCUCAUUCUCACUCAGCUGGCCCGGGUUUCUCGACAACACCGUCGCAGGUGGGAUCACGGCCGGUGACUCACCUCGCGAAUCCGUGAUUCGCGAAUGCGCCGAAGAAGCGUCCCUCCCUCCCGCCUACGUCGCUCGUCACCUCCGUUCAACGGGUUGCGUCGUCUACACCUAUCGCACCGACCACGGCUGGAUCCAACCUGAAGUCCAAUACGUCUAUGACCUACGUCUCGAAUCGCCUCGAAAGCUUGGACAGGAAGGGGUAGAAGUCGUGAUCCCGACGUGCAAUCCGGACGACGGCGAAGUCGAGUCGUUCGAACUGAUGGAUCUGGAAGAGGUGUUGAGGAGGUUGAUCGUCGAGGACGAGUUCAAGCCGAACUGCGGACUCGUCGUCGUCGAUUGGUUGUUGAGGCAUGGCUGGUUCCCCUUCGAGGCCGAUACGAGGUACUUGGACGUCGUGACGAGGUUGAGGAGGAGCUUGGUGUUGCCUGCUCCGGCUUGA